AUGGUGCGCGGCAGGAUCUCCAGGCUCUCGGUCCGCGACGUGCGCUUCCCCACGUCGCUUGGGGGCCACGGUUCAGACGCAAUGCACACAGAUCCUGACUACUCAGCUGCCUAUGUCAUAAUAGAAACUGAUGCAGAAGAUGGACUCAAGGGAUACGGAAUUACAUUUACUCUGGGUAAAGGCACUGAAGUUGUCGUCUGUGCUGUAAAUGCACUUGCCCAUCAUGUGCUGAACAAGAACCUCAGGGACAUUGUCAAUGACUUCAGGGGCAUCUACAGGCAGCUCACCAGUGAUGGGCAGCUCCGAUGGAUUGGUCCAGAGAAAGGCGUGGUGCACCUGGCUACAGCCGCCAUCCUAAAUGCCCUGUGGGACCUGUGGGCUAAGCAGGAGGGGAAGCCUCUAUGGAAGUUACUUGUUGAUAUGGAUCCCAAGACGCUGCUGUCCUGCAUAGACUUCAGGUACAUUUCCGACGCCUUGACCGAGGAGGAGGCCUACGAAAUACUGCAAAAAGGUCAAGCUGGAAACAAGGAGAGAGAAGUGCAGAUGCUGGCACAUGGCUAUCCUGCCUAUACCACAUCGUGUGCCUGGCUCGGGUACUCGGAUAACACCUUGAAGCAGCUCUGCUCCGUGGCCCUGCGGGACGGCUGGACAAGGUUCAAAGUCAAGGUUGGGGCUGAUCUCCAGGAUGACAUCCGCAGGUGUCGGCUUAUCAGAGACAUGAUCGGACCCGAGAAAACACUGAUGAUGGAUGCCAAUCAGCGCUGGGAUGUGCCUGAAGCUGUAGAAUGGGUGUCCAAGCUGGCCGAGUUCAAGCCAUUGUGGAUUGAGGAGCCAACCUCCCCCGAUGACAUCCUUGGCCACGCUGCCAUUUCUAAGGCAUUGGCCCCAUUAGGGAUUGGUGUUGCAACAGGAGAACAGUGCCACAAUAGAGUGAUAUUUAAGCAGCUUCUACAGGCCAAUGCCCUGCAGUUUCUCCAGAUUGACAGCUGCAGACUGGGAAGCGUCAAUGAGAACCUCUCAGUGUUGCUGAUGGCCCAGAAGUUUGGAAUUCCUGUUUGCCCCCAUGCUGGUGGAGUUGGCCUCUGUGAGUUGGUACAGCACUUGAUUAUAUUUGACUACAUAUCUGUCUCUGCAAGCCUUACAAACAGUUCUUGCUUUCAGGAUUAA